UGUGUGGAAUGGUAUUGAUUUAUUUAUAAUUUAACAAAUUUAAUUUAUUUUUCCAUCGGUACCCAUGUCUUCUUAAUGUUCUGUGUUCUGCUUCACCACAUUUUGAGGCAGAGGGUGCUCUAAAAGGCAAAAAGAAAUCCAGUUAUUAUGGUCCAUGUUUCAUUAACAACCUAAAUUUUUGUAUUAUUCUAAAAAAUCCAGUUAUUAUGGUCCAUGUUUCAUUAACAACCUAAAUUUUUGUAUUCUAAAAAAUCCAGUCAUUAUGGUCCAUUUUUCACUAAGAAUCUCAAUUUCUGUAUUUUUCUAAAAGAAAAUCCUGUCAUUAUGGUCCAUUUUUCACUAACAACUUUAAUUUUUGUACUUUUCUAAUCAGAAAACAGAAAAGAGUUUUGAUUUUCUAUGUUAAGUCAUUUAGUAGAAAUAAUCAAAGAAAUGCCUUAAAAAAACGACCACUUUUAAUGAGGAAUGUGAUCACGUCCGUUUUCUUUCAUACAAGUCACCAAGAUGCACAAUGUGUCCCGAGAGGCUUUUUGGAAGUUCAAUUGUUCAGAAGUGGUAUUCUUCUAAAAUCUGUAAACGGGUACUUUGAUUUUACAUCGUCGUCAUGAUUGUUUUUAGGCUUAAGUCAAGAAAAAAGUACAGACGAACAAUGUACUACUUCGUUCCAUCCCAUCGCUGCACUUGCCAAGUCUCAUAAAGUGAAGAGUAAAGUGGGCUAUGUGUCGCUAUACCUUAAAACAAUCACACAGCAAAUAAAGAAUGGAGAAGAGCAGCUCGAGUUAAUUAAACGCUCGCCCUGAUUGGUCGAGCGAGUCAUCCCGGCGGAUCUGGCGCGCCUACUAACGCGUGCGCGGGGCAGGACGCAAGCCGCACUUUGCCCAAGGCGAGGGAGGGCGCAAGCGAGAGGCGGAAGCACAGCGCGCCAUCAUCCGCUGAGCACACUUUGACAAGUUUGAUCCCAAGUUGUUGUUGGUUGUGGUGGUGGUGGUGGAGGUGGUGGUAGUGGUGUUGGUGAGCUGUGCGCGCAGCAGCGAGAAGCGGCGCGCACAUGUAGACGCUUCACACUCCACAAAGUCUCCUUGUUCAAGAGUCAUCACCGAGGCGAGGAGAGGGGGAAAGCGAGGCGGAGUGUUGAUUCCAUCUUCAAAAAGAAACGGGAAGUAAACGGCUUCUUUCCUCCUUUGGGAGCGAAGAUGAACGCCAGCGAUGAGAAUCUGCUCAAAUCCAUCAGCAACGACGCGCUCCUCGACCUGACGCAACGCUACGGCCAGUCAGCCUUCGGCUUUGGCGCUGGCCAUGGUGCUGGAACCCCCGGCCGCUUCCCACUCACGCCGGCCGCCGACUUCCUCAGCGGGCAGACGGCUAAGUCUAACGAGAGCGGCGGGGAGCACACCAGUGACGACGAGGACGCCUUCGACUCGCUGGAAUCCCGUAAAAGAGGCGCGCCCUUCGGGGACGACAAGCCCGGGGGUCCCCUGGCCAAGAAGUCCAAGGAGCAGCGCUCCCUGCGGCUCAGUAUCAACGCCCGUGAGAGGAGGAGGAUGCACGACCUGAACGACGCGUUGGACGGCCUAAGAGCCGUCAUCCCCUACGCCCACAGCCCGUCGGUGAGAAAACUCUCCAAAAUAGCCACUCUCCUCCUGGCCAAGAACUACAUCCUCAUGCAGGCUCAGGCUUUGGAGGAGAUGCGGCGGCUGGUGGCCUACCUCAACCAGGGACAAAGCCUCACGUCGCCCAUCCCCGCCGCCCUGGCGCCCUUCGGCCAGGCCGCCGCCGUGUAUCCCUUCUCGGGCUCGGCUCUGGCCAGCUGCGCCGAGAAGUGUUCCAACUUCUCGGGAACCCCGUCAACUCUGUUUAAACAUUGUAAUGACAAGCCUUGAUUCGCACCCCCUCUCUUCCCCGAACUUUCUAACUGCGUAUUGCAUCCGCGUUGCUCUUUCUGUCCCUCUACUUAUUUUUUAAAUCACGCUGUGAGGAAAAUUGUGCAUAAUUCUAAUCAAGUGAUGCUGCGAUGUUUCGUCUUAAUUUAACGGAUGCUGCAUUGGUAAUAAACUAUUUAGGCCUUGUCACUUUCUUGCUCGCGGGCCAAUUUUCAAACAAAAGUCAAAUAUCAAUUUGAUCUAUUUUCUCUUUUAAUAGUAAUCUAUGCAAACCUCAGCAACAAUCCAGUCAGUAAAAUGUCAUUUAAUUUUCACGUCAAGUAUUACUGAAAAGUAGGACGGGAUUUCCCUUAAUGAUGUUUAGAUGCCUCAUCCCUUUUCCCACAAUAUUGACUUUUUUUUUUUUUUUCCAAGGUCUUGCGCGUGUCACAUGAUUGUAUUGAUUGUACAAGUUUGGGGGGAAAAGCCGGACUGCGAUAUGGCUUCCAUUUAUGGCCUGCAAAGAAAAUGUUUUGGGGAGGGAUGGUUGUGUCGCAAAAAUGAAUUUCAUAAAUUGUUUACAUGUGUUUAUAAUUAAAAUCAUAUCUAUAUGCUCGGA